GUGCCAACCACGCUAAGCCAUCCCGUCACCGACGAUGCCAGAGCCCAGCGUGAAGAAGAUCAAGACAGAUACAGCAGCAGUGCUGCAUCCCGACGUGCUCGGCACGUCGGCGGAGGCACGGCGAGCGAUCCGCGGCGUUUGCGCAGGCAAUGCUCCGUUCCCUCAUUACCAAAUUCCUGUGCUGUGUACUGUCGAGCACAUGCGCAAGGUGCACACGGAAUGCGUCCAAGAGCUUCAGAGCACAUUCAAAGAGACCGAUUUGUUCAAACUGUACCAAACCAUCGACUUGGGCAACUUGAAAGCGUCGAGUCCGCUGGCCAAGAAGCUGCCUGCCCUCAUGCAACUGCGCAAUGCCCUGUACACAUCGGAAUUCCGGCAGUACAUGGCCGAUAUCACGGGAUGCGGCCCGCUCACGGACAAAGUCGACUGUGCCGCCAACGUGUACAUGACUGGGUGCCACCUCCUGCCUCACGACGACGUGAUUGGCACGCGAUGCAUCAGCUACGUCAUCUACCUCAGCGACCCGGACGACGAAUGGACAGCGGCCGACGGCGGUGCCUUGGAAUUGUAUCCACAAACCGUGCCGUCGUCCGGGAUCCCGGCGUUGGUGCCGACCGCAUUUGCAUUGCCUACGUACAACUCCCUCGCGCUGUUUCCUGUCGCGCCCGGCGUCAGCUUUCAUUCGGUGCAAGAAGUGUACGCCGACAAGCCGCGCUUGUCCAUUCAGGGCUGGUACCACCAGGACGGCGCGCCAGACGGUGUCGACGCUGCCACCGCCAAACAAGUCGCCGCUAUUGAAGCUGCUCAACAUCCGUUUGUGGCCCUCGUGACAUCUCCAGGCGGCGACGAUUCCGAAGAGCUCACGGAAACCGAAAUGGCCGACCUGUCCAAGUUUAUCAACCCCAUUUACUUGAAAGAAGACACUCUCGAGCAGGUCCAGGAGGCAUUCCAGCAGUCGGGCAGCAUACAGCUGCAAGAUUUUUUGACGUCUCCGUGGGUGUCUGCCAUCGACGCGGCUAUGCGAGCAGCCGACAGCGCGGAGAAGCUCGGGCACGGACAAGUUCCCUCCUAUACGGCCGGUUACGACCAAGCGGGUUCGUGGACUGCCCAGGGCCCGCUCUUCCUUCAGCGGUACCUUCGCUAUACGGGCGCCGUGCCGGCUUCAAUUCCAGCGCUGGACACGUCAUGCCCAACCGUGCAGCCAGCGACGACUACAACAAACAAUUCAGAUCCGACCCCAGGGCAGCUCUUGGCGUUCAUCCAGACGUUCCUGGUCCAGUGUCCAGCCUUUAUCAAGUGGGUGUCUCUGGCCACGGGCGUCGCGCCCUCCGCCGCCCGGUCAGAAGUUCGCAGGUUUCGACCUGGGUUGGACUACACGCUGGCCCACCAUGCGCCAUCGUCCAAACCGUCGAGUCCUAUCUUGGACGUUGUUUUGUGUUUUUGCAAUGCCGAAGCAAGCGACGCUGCAGCGGACGACGACGGGCCGUGGACUACGUCGGGGUACGAGUGCUACGUCCGCGCCGAAGACGACGGCAUCGGAGACGUCGCUGUAUCGACUGACGACAACGAAGACGACGACGAACGUCAUGCGCCUGUGCAAAUCCCCGCGCAACCAAACACUCUGAGUUUGGUGGUCCGCGACACGUCCACGAUGAAAUUUGUCAAGUUUGUCACCUGUCGCGAGCCUGGCAGCCGAUGGGAUGUGAAUGUCGAGUUUGAAUUGCCUGCGCCGUAGGUGCAGUUAUCGUAAGUUGAUGCAACGAGUCGACUCGACUGGUCAACGUCGCUCUCCUUCUUCACUAGCAUUUCAAACAUCUCUGCGCCACACGCCGACGUCCGAUUUAAAACACCAGCACUUGUAUGUCGU